CCUGGUUGUCAUCUCUGCCGUCCGCCACCCGCUCUCUGCCAUUUGCGCGCUGCCAUCUCUCCUCCUCGCCAUCAUCCAACGCACGCCGACCCAGUAUGCGCUCGCUCUUGUUGUCGAAGCCCUUCAGCACCCGAAUCCGUCUGGCCCGGACCUUUUCGUCAACAUCCCCGUCCGCUCUGCCCCAGUGGAUCCUGAGGGCCGACGACGAAACCGACAGCCAGGCCCUCCAGCGUCGACUCGAAGCUCGCCCCGCUCACCUGGUCCGAGCCGCCGAGGCCAAGAAAACCGGCACGGUCCUGCUUGGAGGAGCCAUCAUGUCCGAGUCCCGCGAUCGCAUGGUCGGCAGCGUCAUGGUCCUCGAGUUCGAGACCCGCGAAGAGGCUGAAGAGUGGGUGAUCAACGAUCCCUACAUCAAGAACAGGGUCUGGCAGCGGUCGUUCACCCUGGAGCCGUUCCGAAUCCCCGACAACAUGAAGUAGGCUCCUCCAUCGCAGAGCCUCAAUAUACUCCAGUAUUCCCACUCA